GUGAUAUAGAUAAACUAAUAAAUGUUGAUACUAAACGUGAACCGGUUUAUAUAUUAUAUAUAUUCAAUGAAUCACCAGCGUUGCUCAUCGGAACUUGCAGUUCCCGUUGUGAAAAUGAAGGUUCUGUUCGUGUGCAUUGGCAACACCUGCCGCUCUCCAAUGGCCGAGGCCAUCCUGAAGCAUUUGGUGGUGAAACGGAAUCUGCAGGACUGGUAUGUGGACAGUGCUGGUCUCAGGAGUUGGAACGUUGGCCUGAAGCCCCAGGCACGUGGACAACAAUUGCUAAAACAACAUGGUUUGAAAACAAACCACUUGGGUCGUAUGAUAAGUGCUCAAGACUUCUAUAACUUCGAUUACAUAUUCGCCAUGGACAAUAGCAACCUGUUGGAGCUUGAACACAUGGCAGCCUGUCUUGUUCCCAGCCCGACCUGCAAGAUUCAAUUGCUGGGUAGCUAUAUUGGACGCAAGGAGGAUGAGGUCAUCGAGGAUCCAUACUUUAGUCAAGGCAUGGGAGGCUUUAAUGCUGCAUAUCUGCAGAUACUGGAAAGCUGCGAACGUUUUCUGCAACAUUACAAUUCAGAUUAGGACGUCAAUAAAAGUGUCAUCAAAAAAUAGGUUGUACAAAUAAUCCUAUUUCAUAGCUUAUUAAAAAGAACAAAUUGAAAUGCCAGAACUUGCCGCUUAAC